CAAUUUUUUUUAUUCUUUAAUACGUGUACGGUAGUUUAUUAAUACUGCAAAAGCCGAGGGAGGAGGGAAGUAAAGGACAAGCUAAGAGGACAACUCUUCUUGGAAAUGAAGAAGAUGGAGAUGAAGGGUAGGAGGAGGUUCGAAGGCAAAGUAGCGAUCGUGACGGCGUCGACUCAAGGCAUCGGCUUGAGCAUCGCCGAGCGUCUCGGCUUAGAAGGGGCCUCCGUCGUCAUCUCUUCUCGCAAACAGAAAAACGUGGAUGAGGCAGUUGAAAAGCUUGAGAAGAAAGGGAUUCAAGUGUUGGGUGUGGUUUGUCAUGUGUCAAAUGCACAACAGAGGAAGGAUCUUAUUCGAAAGACUGUUGAGAAAUAUGGAAAGAUAGAUGUGGUUGUAUCAAAUGCUGCUGUAAAUCCAACGGUAGAUCCAUUGUUGCAAACCCAAGAAUCUAUCCUUGACAAGCUAUGGGAAACAAACGUGAAAGCAACUGUACUUCUUCUACAGGAGGCAGCUCCACACUUGCAGAAAGGUUCAUCAGUUGUUCUUAUUUCCUCAAUUGCUGGCUUUCAUCCGCAGGCUGCUAUGGCUAUGUAUGGAGUAACUAAGACAGCCCUUCUCGGGUUGACCAAGGCCCUUGCAGUUGAGAUGGCCCCUGAUACUCGUGUAAAUUGUGUUGCUCCUGGCUUUGUUCCAACCUACUUUGCAGCAUACAUCACAAAAGAUGAGGUUGUGAGGAAGGCUGCUGAGGAUCAGACGCUACUUCAAAGGCUUGGUACCCCGGAAGACAUGGCUGCCGCAACUGCUUUCUUGGCGUCCGAUGAUGCUUCUUAUAUUACAGGAGAAAAUCUUGUGGUGGCAGGGGGUAUCCCCUCUAGACUUUAGUAUACCUUUCUUUGUUGUAAUGCCACCCCUUUCCUUUGUUUUCAAAAAUAAUAAGCAAUGCGAAUACAGACCUCACUCAUCCGCUUGAUUCAUGUAGUUGGUUCGCUAUUCCUAUUACCAGAAUUGCUAUCUUUACUGCCAAAACUUUGAUACAAAGAUCAAUAAAAUCAGAAGCUCUCGUCUUUAAUUUA